AUGUCGAAUUCCUUGGAUCAACAGUUCGGCGACCUUAGCCUGCAGGAAGAACAUGAGCAAAUGUUUGAACAAGAGGACCACCAGGAUCAAAGCCGAUCAUCAAAGGUACUCAUCAGUGGACUUCCGCUGCAUGCUCGCUUCGACAACAUCGAGCCCCUGCUCUCCCAGUAUGGCAACGUGCAGCAUUGCGACAAAGCGCAUUCGCGAGAUCCCAACACCCAAGCGGUGUACAUCACAUUCGAGACUCCGGAGCAGGCGCAGCAGGCGAUCAACGGGCUGAACGGGUACGAGCUGGAGGGCAACCGCAUGAAGGUGGAGCCGGCGGAGGCGAGCGCGCGCGGCGGGAGGCGCGGGCGGCCCGGCGGCGGGCGUGGCGGCGGCGGCGCACCAGCCGGCGCGCGCCCCACCGACUUCCCGCUGCGGCUGCUCGUGCAAAGCGACAUGGUCGGCGCGAUCAUCGGCCGCCAGGGUAGCACCAUCCGCCUCAUCACGCAGCAGUCACGUGCGCGCGUUGACGUGCACCGCAAGGAUAACGUUGGCUCGCUGGAAAAGGCCAUCACCAUUUACGGAAACCCGGAAAACUGCACCAACGCCUGCAAACGUAUACUUGAAGUCAUGCAGCAGGAGGCUAACAACACUAAUAAAGGUGAAAUUUGUCUCAAAAUACUGGCCCACAACAAUCUUAUCGGGCGUAUAAUAGGAAAAGGUGGUAACACCAUCAAGAGAAUCAUGCAGGAGACUGAUACCAAGAUAACAGUGUCGUCCAUUAACGACAUCAAUAGCUUCAACCUGGAACGGAUUAUAACCGUGAAGGGAACAAUAGAGAAUAUGGCCAAAGCGGAGUCACAAAUUUCAGCAAAAUUGCGCCAAAGUUACGAAAAUGAUCUGCAGGUGCUGGCGCCGCAGAGUAUCAUGUUCCCGGGACUACACCCGAUGGCGAUGAUGUCAACAGGACGCGGCUUCUGCAGUGCACCGCCGCCCUAUCCGCCGCCGCUAUACGCGCCGCUGGCCGGCCGUGGUGGCGCGCAGCAGGGCGCCGGUGACUCGCAGGAAACCACGUACUUGUAUAUCCCAAACAACGCCGUGGGUGCAAUCAUCGGUACCAAGGGCUCCCAUAUUCGCAACAUUAUCCGCUUCAGCAAUGCUUCGGUGAAGAUAGCUCCACUGGAGCAAGAGAAGCAAGGCGAGGCAGCUGCCGGUGCACAGCAAGAGCGCAAGGUUACCAUCGUCGGAAGCCCAGAAGCCCAAUGGAAGGCGCAGUAUUUGAUCUUCGAAAAGAUGCGUGAAGAGGGCUUCAUGUCGGGCUCGGACGAUGUGCGGCUGACGGUGGAGAUCGUGGUAGCGUCUUCGCAGGUGGGCCGCAUCAUCGGCAAGGGCGGUCAGAACGUGCGCGAGCUGCAGCGCGUAACCGGCUCGCUGAUCAAGUUGCCCGAGCAGCCGCCGCCGGCCGGCGCGCAGCCCGACCACGAGACCACCGUGCACAUCGUCGGACCGUUCUAUAGCGUGCAGUCUGCACAGCGGCGUAUCCGCGACAUGGUGGCACAAGCGACGGCGCCGGGCCGCCAUCGCCGUGCUGCUCAACCGCCGCCGCCACAGCAGUAG